UUGAUUGCGGUCACUCUGCAACACAAGUGCAGCAGAUGUAAACGCAUAAAUAUUUGCGCUCGUUAUUUGUGGAUACAAAAAUAAUAAAACAAACGCGUUUAAAACAAAAGUCAGUGCACCAAAAUGGCUUCAUUCUUCAAUGUGGGCGCUCUGGGCAAUGUUUUCUCGACACCAAUUGGACAGCGCAUCGAGGCCGCCACCGACGCGAGCUUGGCAUCGGAAAAUUGGGCAGCCAACAUGGAGAUCUGUGACAUGAUCAACGAAUCCUCGGACACGGCACGUGAUGCGAUGCGCGCCAUACGCAAACGUCUAUCACAGAAUGCGGGCAAGAACAAUCAGGUGGUUAUGUAUACUCUAACUGUGCUGGAGACGUGCGUCAAGAACUGCGGCAAGGCGUUUCAUGUGCUGGUUGCCCAGAAGGACUUCAUCAAUGAUCUGGUCAAGCUGAUCGGCCCCAAAAACGAUCCGCCCGCCAUAAUGCAGGAGAAGGUGCUUAGCCUUAUACAGAUCUGGGCAGAUGCAUUCAAGAAUCAACCGGAUCUCAAUGGUGUCACCCAAAUGUACAUGGAGCUGAAGAACAAGGGCAUUGAGUUCCCGCCCACCGAUCUGGAUGCCAUGGCGCCCAUAUAUACGCCACAGCGGAGUGUUCCGGAGGUGCAUCCAUUGCCGCAUCCACAACUUAUGGCCGCACAGCACACCAUAUCGCCUCAGCAUGCGGCAAUAGCUGUCGCUGCCACGCCAGCAACUGGACCGCUGCAUUUAACGCCCGAACAGGCGGCUAAGCUGCGCUCGGAACUGGAAAUUGUGAGCAACAAUAUGUCCAUACUCGCGGAAAUGCUGAGCGUUAUGAAGCCGGGCCAGGAGGGUCCCGAUGACUAUGCCCUGCUCAACGAGCUGACCGCCACCUGCAAGGAGAUGCAGUCGCGCAUUGUUGAUCUAAUUGGACGCGUUCAGGACGAUGAGCUGACGGCUGAAUUUCUGCGCAUCAACGACGAACUCAACAACUUGUUUUUGCGCCAUCAGCGCUACGAGAAGAGUCGGGCACAGGGCAAUGUUGGCGCUGCAGCGGUCACCUCUCCAUCUGCCGUCCUGGGCGCUGCCAUGGGUGUGCCGGGCGUAACGACAGCAGGCGCAGGCGUGGCAGCAGCAGCAUCUGUGCCGCCAGCCGCAACGGCUGUCAGCAAUACGCCACAAAGUGAUCAGCUGCUAAUCGACCUGAUUGAGAGCAGCGAGGAGCAUCUGCCACAGAGCUUUGGGCAGCUGCAACUGGGCGGCGCCACAGCCGGAGCAACAGCGGUCACUGCAGGCGCUGCGGAUGAGUUCGAUAUGCUGGCGCAGUCGCGCACCGAUGGCAACCACAAAAGCGACUUGCUGCGCGAUAUACCCAUUGUGGACGCAGCCGCUGGCAGCGUCUCCUCGCCGUACAAGCAACAGAAGCCGGCAGCAGUCGGAGCAGCUCCUGCAGCAGCUUCUCCAGCGCCACGUGCAGCCGGCGAUCCGCCGGUGGUAAGUAAAUCGACGAAAGAGAAUGAGAUCGACGAAAUGGAGGCGUGGCUGGGCAGCUCAAAAGACAUUGAUGGCAUUGAGGAACUGACCAGCUCCGAGUUUGAUAAAUUCCUUGAGGAACGGGCCGCUGCCGCUGAAAAUCUUCCAACGAUCAAUGCAUCGAAUUCCGCCGCAAGUGCCACGACAGGCUCCGCACCCGGAUCCGUAGCCGGAGCCGGACCAGACAACAGCUUACGAAAGACACCAAAGAAACCCGGCGCUGACGAGGAUCUGCUUGCCCUUUGAGUGUGAAGUGCACCUGCGCAGCGCCAAUUGUUUACACUUUCAAAUGUUACACACGCCUAACAUAUUUAUACAUAACGUAUAUUCAUAUGCAUACACAUAUAUAUAUAGCAUACAUAUAUAACAAUUAUGUAAAAUGCUUUUAACUAUUUUUUUUAUUAAUUGGCUUUCGUUUCUUAAUCAUUCUGUUCACGAGAAAUUCCAAAAUAACAACUGCAACGACAAUUGUAACUUAUUCCAAAAUUUGCUCUAAUUUUAAGCUAAGCAGAUAA